AUGGCUGAUCCAUUAUCCAUCGCAAGCGGCGUCGCUGGCCUUGUAUCCCUUGGCCUAACUAUUUGCAGCGGCCUUCACAAUUAUUUCAGCGCCGUGAAAGAUCGACACCGAGACAUCGAGACAGCCAGCCAAAGCCUUACACUUUUGCAGUCAAAUAUCUUCAUCAUCCAGACGAGCACACUGAAGCUCGGUCAGCGUCACGCCUUAUCCGCCAAUGGAGUCAAUCAAGGUCUGGCUAAUUGCGAGUCGCAGCUCAUGGCCCUGCAGCAGAUGAUGUUGGACCUUACCCGAGACGAGAGCCUGACUGAUACGAAGGGAAAAUGGAGAAAGCAAAUGAUGGUAGCUCGAUAUCCGUUUGAUCAGAAGCGGUUGUUUCAGCUUCAAGAUCAGCUAUCCAAGGCAAAUAUGACACUGAGUGCUUUUGUUCAAAACUUCAAUCUUGAUAUCAACAUUGGCAUCAGCGAAGACCUGCAGAUUUUAAAAAGCAGUAUGAAUACUAACGAUAACUUUACGCACAACACAUUGCACACAAUUUCCAGACAGCUUGAAAACAUUGGGUCAGUUGUACAACGCACGGAUACGGAAGUGACAACAAUAUCGCACCGGAUCCAAGAGAACUGUCUGGCUUCCCGCAACUAUGUCUCAGAUGUCGCAGCCAAACCGAGAUAUCUGCAAAAUUACCAGGAUGAAGCAUCAGAGUUGGAAAGACUGAUCAAUCCAAGAUGCACUUGUUCCGACCUUGCGCCUAGUUCCAUUCAUCGAAAAUCAUCAUAUGUCAAUCAGUCAUGGGGAGGCUUGGUAAUCUCGAAACAAGAGCAUAAACGACAACGCCACCGUUCUGGUUGCAUUUUCUUUAACCAAUCACCACAAACGUCAAAGACUACGUUUACGUAUCUCGGUCUUCGAUAUUGGUUUUCUCGAAGCUUGUCCCUGUCAGUAACUCGAGACUAUCCCGCCGGGGCAUAUAGUCUUUCCUUUGGGAUACAGCCGUGCAACAUUGUUCAAUCGAGUCCGGCAUUUGAAGCUGUUGAUGACCUCAACAAGAGGUACUUUGAAUAUUCGAAUUACUACGAUAGGAAUGGGCAUCCGUCGCCUUUUAGGCCCGCAAGGCCAGAAAACCGUGAAUUUGACCUAUGGAGAGAGACAUCUACCUUGAUACAGAAACUGAGAACUAUUUAUCGAUCAGGCUUAGCGUCACCGUUUGACGUAGAUGACUCUGGAAGUAACAUAGCCCAUAUAUGCCUAUAUUUUUAUGGGACUCUAUUGUGGCGUCAACCUUCAGAAGAUGAACCGAGUCUCGAGGACGUAUUCGAAUCGUUUUGCUUGCUUCUAUCAUAUAUGUUUCACGCUGGCGUUCCAAUCACAGCCAGCAAUAAUUACAACAGAACAAUACUUCAAAGCUUCUGUGCCUUUUCUACGGUAGCGAAACUUCCUCGACUGUACAAAUUCAUCACUGCCCUCGAUAAGUCACUCUACGUUGAAAGUGUUGCCUACACCGACAGGUGGUCUAAUGUCGCCACUGUAUCCUCGAUUUCUGAGACAUUGGAAACUUGGGGCGAGUACCCAGAGAUCGCUGAAGCCUUUGGAUUUAAUGAUAUAUUCUGUGCAGUCAUGCAACAAGACCGCCAAAAGCUCGAGGCUGUUCCAGUGGACGGCCAACUUCCCCAAGGAAUUUUAGAAACAGAUAUGUAUGGCCGUAACAUACUGCACGCCAGCAUGACUUGGCCAGAAGGACUCGCCCUACUUCUACAACACAAACAGGCUGUAUCUUUACUUUGCGACAACGAUUCAGUGAUGAUAAGUCCUCUUCGGCUUGCGAUACAUGAAAGUCAGAGAGUAUGUACCGAACCAGACCAGUGGGUGCUUUGCCAGAACUGUCAUUGUGCUACUUCUGCCCAAGUGCUCCUAGAAGCUGAUUGCUCACUACCGAUUCAUUUGAUGUCGCCUGAAUUGCUGGAAGACUGUUCACUAAGAUGCCGAAAACUGCUUUUCAAGCAUUUAGAGAAUCGGCGGCGACGACUACGAGACCUUUCUCUUGCAUGGCUACCUUCAGAAAUCACCGACCGAUAUGGGCUUGUUGUUAGUUCUCUUCCUGAUGCUGCAGCACGGUUACUUUGGGAAGAACUACGGACAUUCUCUCGUAAAUUAACAAGUGAGGGAUUCGAUAUUAGUCCUGGACUCAAGCCCUUUCGUUCAGGCCGAUACUCGGGAGGCCUAUUUGAAAAGCCUCUUCCUCUAAAAAUAUGUUCGCUUGCCAAUGAGUUUGGGUUCCAACCUUUGGAUGAGGGUGGUCUCCCGCCAUUGCUUGCGCGUGUUCGAGGAGUUUUUGAUUCUAAUAUGUAUAUUCAUUCUGAUAUACCUUUGCCAUUUCUGGAUUGGCUGUUGAAGCACGAUCUUAAGCUGGAGUAUUUGGCUAGUGGCUUCCAGACAUCGGUAUUUCAUGAUUUAGGAGGGUUCGUGGGUAGGUAUCACCAUUAUUUCUUUCCUAGGGAGGUUCCGACCGACGAUGAGUCUGGGAAAGCACUGAUCACCAAGGUCUGCAAUAGCGAAAUGCAAUCCAACUUACCAUGCCCUUGUGUAUCGGGUGCUUAUAACAGACCUUUGGCCUCUUUAAUCUCUGGAUUUGGAAAUAGUGUGGCCAACAACCAUUUUGGGAUUCUCGACACCACUAGCAGCAUGCGCUAUUUUGCUGGUUGGAUCGAAAAAUUAGUAAGUAGUGUUGACAAGGCAUAUCUAGCCAGAUGCGCUAUCCACACAAUGACAAUGAAGCUCCUGGACAUCAGACACAUUGGGCCCUGUCCUUGGAACAGCUUUUUAUGGGAAACGAAAGAACCGACUGAAGAGGAUGAAUGGGUGGAAUUAUUGGACGAGGACAGGCUUUUGCUGGAAAGGCUUAAUGAUCUUGAUGAAGAUUUUGAAAGGGAGUUCCAAUGUCGGAAUGAGACGGUGGCAGAUUUUAUAGGAGGAUACUAUACUGAGAAAAUGCUGGAAGUGCUGAAAGAAAUGUAUGAAUCACCGACAAGUGACUAUCGGCAUGGACUACUGGCUGCAGGGGUAGUACUAGGAGAUGAAGAAGAGAGUAGCUACAACUUGAGGUUGCAUGAGGUGGAGGAGGAGUUGUAUGAUGAUGAGAGCGACAGUGACGAGUAA